UCUUCCCCAGGUCUUCUCUUUCUUUCCCCUCCCUUCCUCCACUCCCUCUUGGCUGCCGCUUUGUUUCGGUGGCUGCUGGUGCAGCUGCUGCUGCUGUAGCGGAGGGAGCUGUCCAGCAGCCAGCGCUCCUGAAAUCCCAGCCUCUCUCCAUUAACCACAAUGUAAGAGCAAUGAGAACAGCUCUACCAAACCCAGCCUGGCAAUGGAGGAUGAUUUAUUCCAGCUAAGACAGCUGCCGCAAAUCCCUGGAAGUAUGCCAAAGUAAGGAGUGAAUAAAGACUGAGUGAAAACCGAGUAAGGACAUCUGGAUUUGGGUGGUCAAGUUUCGCCGAACAGGGGAAAGUUCCAGGUCAGACGAAGAUGCCAUUUCAGGAGAGCAUGAAAUUCAGAUUGAAGGUGUUCGGACAGAGCUAGAGGCUAUAGAGCUAGAAGAUGGAGCUGCAGUGCCAAAGGAAUUUGCCAACCCAACUGAUGAUACUUUUAUGGUGGAAGAUGCGGUGGAAGCCAUCGGGUUUGGGAAAUUCCAGUGGAAGCUCUCUGUUCUUACUGGAUUAGCAUGGAUGGCAGAUGCAAUGGAAAUGAUGAUUCUAAGUAUCCUAGCUCCUCAGCUUCAUUGUGAGUGGCGAUUACCAAGCUGGCAGGUUGCAUUGCUUACAUCGGUGGUGUUUGUGGGAAUGAUGUGCAGCUCUACACUCUGGGGAAACAUUUCAGACCAGUAUGGCAGAAAAACUGGGCUAAAGAUCAGUGUGUUCUGGACCCUGUACUAUGGGAUCCUCAGUGGUUUUGCACCAGUAUACAGUUGGAUCCUUGUGCUCAGGGGACUGGUGGGCUUUGGGAUUGGAGGGGUACCUCAGUCAGUAACCUUAUAUGCUGAAUUCCUUCCAAUGAAAGCUAGAGCAAAAUGCAUUUUAUUAAUAGAGGUCUUUUGGGCCAUUGGGACUGUAUUUGAAGUCCUCCUUGCAGUGUUUGUGAUGCCCACUCUUGGCUGGCGUUGGCUGCUCAUUCUUUCUGCUGUUCCACUCUUGCUGUUCGCCAUCUUAUGUUUUUGGCUGCCAGAAAGUGCAAGAUAUGAUGUGUUAUCUGGAAACCAAGAGAAGGCUAUUGCCACUUUGAAGCGGAUAGCAGCAGAAAAUGGAGCUCCAAUGCCUCUGGGAAAAUUAAUCAUUUCCAGACAGGAAGACCGGGGGAAAAUGAGGGACCUUUUCACACCCCAGUUUAGAUGGACAACAUUGUUGCUUUGGCUUAUAUGGUUUUCCAAUGCCUUUUCUUAUUAUGGGUUAGUUUUAUUAACUACAGAGCUCUUUCAAGCAGGGGAUGUCUGCAGCAUUUCCAGUAGAAGGAAAGCAGUUAAGGCAAAAUGCAGCCUGGCCUGUGAGUAUCUGACAGAGGAAGACUACACUGAUCUGCUCUGGACCACUUUAUCGGAGUUCCCAGGUGUCCUGGUGACCCUAUGGAUUAUUGAUCGGAUAGGCCGUAAAAAAACCAUGGCGCUGUCCUUUUUUGUCUUCUCGUUUUGUAGUCUUCUGUUAUUUCUCUGCGUUGGAAGAAAUGUUCUUACUGUGCUGCUCUUCAUCGCAAGGGCUUUCAUUUCAGGAGGAUUUCAGGCUGCUUAUGUUUACACUCCUGAGGUUUACCCAACAGCUACUCGUGCUCUGGGCCUGGGAACAUGCAGUGGAAUGGCCAGAGUGGGAGCCUUAAUAACUCCAUUUAUUGCACAGGUGAUGCUGGAAUCUUCAGUCUAUUUAACUCUGGUGGUUUACAGUGGAUGCUGCCUGUUGGCAGCCUUGGCUUCCUGUUUUUUGCCCAUUGAAACCAAAGGGCGUGGUCUGCAGGAGUCCAGCCACAGAGAAUGGGGACAAGAGAUGGUUGGGAGAGGAUCCCACAACAUGGGAGUCACCAGGUCAAAUUCUGGAUCACAGGAAUGAUAGGACAAGAGCCCCCCCUGCCCCCUUGCAAGGAAGGGUGAAACAAGCAAGAAUUGUAUUUUUAAAAACCAAGCGUAUAAAGCCGACCGUGCUGUCACUGCCAAUGUCAUGUGUCAAAAUGCAGGAACUUUUGAUUUGGACCUAAGCAAAUUGUGUCUUUCCUACUCUUUGCUCACACUCAUAAAAAUUUACUUGUGUAAUGAGAGACAUUUGAUCAGGAUGUCAUUUGAAGUUCAGAGAGAAGGGGAUUUUUAAUAGUCUGUUGUGCUUGCAUGGUCAGAUACUGAGCUUAAAAUGUCCUGUGUCAAGCAAAUAGCUAACUGAAUGCAAUUCAGUAUCAGCUUGUAAUUUUAAAAAAAACCAGUACUUUUGAUGCCUAAACGCAAAAGAUUAAUAUUUACUGUGUACCUGGCAUAGCACACGGUGGGUUCCAUACACUACAGAAUAGGGUUUUUAAAUUAGAUGCCUGCCUUGCACUUUUUAGUCAUCAACAACAACCUGUUGUAACAGCAAACCAACCAAUGCUUUCCAGUUCCCUUGCCUAUAAGUUCUGUUCCUUGGAAAUUACCAGGCACUGAGAAGGUUGUUUGGAAUGUAUCUUGAGUGUUUGCUUUCCUCAAGGCAGAGUAGUUUGAGUCUGUGAAGAGUGCUGUUGGAUGUAGAAAUGGGACAUUAUAUAAGAAAUGUAAAUUCUAGCGGUUUGGAACAGAAUUUACCUUUUGCCAGAAGCAUUGAGCCCUCUGUCUGUUGCAUUGGUGAAGACUGCUUCAGCUGUCCUGAUGUCUCUGUGUGUGUGGAGAUGCACGCUGUGGUUUACUGCAUGGGUCCAGAUAUGUUUCUGUUCAAUUUGCGUAAGUACAUUCCCAUAGUGGUGUAGCCAAUGCCUAUGACACAAUUGUCUUAAUCUGAACAGCUGCUUGUAGCACUUUCGAUGGAACUGCCUUCAUGUGUCUCCCAACAGGAGCAGGUUCUCUGUCAGCUGGGUAGAGCUCUAGGGUAGCUGCCAGUUGUACAUGGAAUGUAAUGGCAAGUUAUGAAGGAAUGUAACUGGCGUCAUAUCUUAAAUGAGAAGAAGUCCUGGGAAGAGCUAUACCAGUGUCAUCAGUAGAAGAUUGACUCUCCCCUAGCAAUUUUGGUGUAGUUGAUACAGUUCUUUCUCUCACCACAGGGAGUGGUAUAGUUCAGGUGAGGACAACUCAAUUCAUAUGUACUAUCUGUGUAGCCUUUUGGUUUGUAAGGAAUCUGUCUGAGAAUGGGGAUUCAGAUUUCAAAACUUGAUGGAUGUAAGGCAAAGAAAGGUGUAACAAAAUCAGACAGUUAUCAUCCAUGGGUCUUGGUAUUUUUCCAGAAAUCCAGCCUAUGGAAUACACCAUCAAAAGUAACUGAGAGGUGCUUAAUUCUAGUCGCUAGGCUGUGGGAAGCCAUGUGUUUUCCAUAAUAUGUCUGGUCAGUCGCUUCACAGAAAUAUAGGGUUGUGCAUGCUAUGGAUUUUGCACAAGACCAUAUUUAACUACAUGGUGGAUCAAGCCAUGGAAAAGGCCUUUUCUCUGGGGCUGAAAUAGUUCACUGAGUAUGCCGAUGGGUGCAAAAUAAGAGAACACAAUCUACAUGUGAUAUAUGCCACCAUGUGUCAGCAAUGCCCCUCUGCCAUGUACAUUGGUCAAACUGGACAGUCUCUACGUAAAAGAAUAAAUGGACACAAAUCAGACGUCAAGAAUUAUAACAUUUAUAAACUAGUUGAACACUUCAGUCUGUCUGGUCACUCGAUUACGGACCUAAAAGAGGCAAUACUUCAACAAAAAAACUUCAAAAACAGACUCCAACGAGAGACUGCUGAAUUGGAAUUAAUUUGCAAACUGGAUACAAUUAACUUAGGCUUGAAUAGAGACUGGGAGUGGAUGGGUCAUUACACAAAGUAAAACUAUUUCUCCAUGUUCCCCCCCCCCUCCACCUCCCACUGUUUCUCAGAUGUUCUUGUCAACUGCUGGAAAUGGCCCACCUUGAUUAUCACUACAAAAGGUCCCCCCACCCCCGCUCUCCUGCUGGUAAUAGCUCACCUUAAGUGAUCACUCUUGUUACAGUGUGUAUGGUAACACCCAUUGUUUCAUGUUCUCUGUGUAUAUAAAUCUCCCCACUGUAUUUUCCACUGAAUGCAUCCCAUGAAGUGAGCUGUAGCUCACGAAAGCUUAUGCUCAAAUAAAUUUGUUAGUCUCUAAGGUGCCACAAGUACUCCUAGGCUGUUUAACUUAUACCAUUAUAUGAAAUUACACAUGGGAAAUUCCUUAAAGGAAUUUGAAGAUCUCCAAAUUACCAGGAAAGGCCAAGUCAAUUGUUGGCAUUCUGCCUGGAGGUGUCUUAUGGUGCAGAAGGUGUAAGACUGACAAGGGACCCAAAGUCUAAAUAUUCACCUAGCAUUAAAAGAUGGUGGUUACAAUGAAGUACUCCAGAAAUAGCUGGCUGGUCUGAACAGGUUAAUGUUACAUUUUCAUAUUAAUGUUAAUAUGAAAAUGUAAUUCAGUUCAGAGAUAUCCAGCUUUAUAUGUGUUUGAUGUCAUAGGAGAAUGUUGUCCAUUUCUAAUACUAACACUUUGCAUUGGUAUGAGUAUCUCUGCCUGUCUAUUAGUUCGGUAUUCAGUGUUGACUCUCCAAUAUGCUAAAAGUUCCAAUCAAUCUAAAGGAGGGGUUCUCAAACGUCCUUGCACCAUGACCCCCUUCUGACAACAAAAAUUACGACAAGACCCCAGGAUGGGGGACCGAUGCCUGAGCCCGCCCGAGCCCCAGCACUCCAGGCGGGGUGCCAAGCUGAAGCCCAAGGGCUACAUCCCCAGGCAGGGGGCCUGUAACUUGAACCCUGCCACCAAGGGCUGAAGCCCUUGUGCUUUGGCUUUGGCCCUGGGCGGUAGGGCUCGGGAGUCAGCCCCAGGCCCCAGCAAAUCUAAGUCAGCCCUGGCCACCCCAUUAAAAUGGGGUCACAACCCACUGGUGGUCCCGACCUACAGUUUGAGAACCGCUGAUCUAAAGUGAACAGAAAGUAUUCUUAAUUAGAAGAUAAUGGGAGUAGUUCCUCCUUAUCUCCUCACCAUUCAGAUUCUAACUGGAUAUCCCUCCCUCAUGUAUUAUGCAACUAGAGUGGCUCAGUGCUGCCCUCAAAUUCAUGUGGCACACCUGCUUGUUUACCUGGGGCUCUCCUGGUAAUGUACACAAGAUAUACAGCAUAUUUCUGAGGGGAGAAACAAGCCCUGAAUGGGUUUAAAUUGCAUAUUGUAACAUUCAGAUAGCCAGAGUGCAACUCCUAUUAGCUUUUGGAUUCAUGAGCACAGCUGUGUAAGGUGGUCCCUGAACCUUGCAAUGAAAACACUAUAUAGGGCCUAAGCCUGGUCUGUAAUUUGGCACCUGUAACCAGUUGCAAGCACAAAUGAUAGAAUUUAGAUCGUUACCUGAUGGGACGCAUGGUUAGACACCCAACUUCUAUCAUUUGUGCUUGCAGUGAGUUGCGCUGGCAGUUAGUUGGAUGCCCAGAAUUGGAGGCUCUUUUGAAAACUCGAUUCAUUGUAAGUGUGUUAGAGGAGAGAACAUAUGCAUGAAACCUACAACCUCACAGGAUUGCUGUGUUAACAGGCUAGCUAAUGAGCCUUUUAGCUUGCUAUUGAGCUCCUCCUCUACUUAAAAAUCUACUUCUGCCUUUCAAAUGGUCAUAUGCACACACUGCUUUGAUUUUUGAGUCAGCAUUCAACAGUUUGAAGAUAUGAUAUUGCAAUGGCCUUCAAAAUGUGCAUUCAGAGAGUUUUAUGUGAAGUGUAUGUGUGUGUGUGUGUGUAUAUAUGUGUGUAUUUAUAUACACACACUUCCAAUAAAAUAUUUCAUUUUAAUAGAUAUUUAUAGGCUAUGUAAAGGCUUUUAAUCCUGUUGAGAAGCUGGUACCUGUUUAACCUAUGACAUUUACAAUAUUACAAAAAGCCAUUUAGAGGCAUUUUUGCUUUUCAUUUUAUAUAAAUGCUGCAUUGAAAAAUGUACCUUUCUAUAAAAAUACCAGGAUCAGCCCUGCUGAAGUAACUAUAAUUCAUAGGCCUUCAGUCAAGAACAGUGGUCCCUACCUGAGGCCUGAUGGAAAGCCCAUUAAAGUCAAUAGGAGUCUUUCCACUGACUCCCAUGCCCUUUGAAUCAGACUCCAGGUAAAAGGGGACAGGAUUGGGCCCUUAAGAACUGAUUCUGUGUCACUGAAGUCAAUAGGAGUUUUGCUACUGACUUGAGUGGGAGCAGGAUCUGGCCUUUAAGCAGCUCAAGUGAGUGUCCCUGAAUGUUGUUAAUAAUGGAGGAGGAUGUUCCAGCAUGUCCACUGAGAAAAGCUGAAGAACAUUUCAGUUGAUGCACUAUAGCCUAUAAAUAGUCACGUCAUAUUUUGUUAAUAUGGCAACAUUAUUAAUGUAGAUAAUUAAGCUUCCAAAGAUUUUGUUUUAAACACUGUUGUGUAUUUUUCACUGGGGAAGGAAUUAAUAUAGCUAGUUCAUUUUAAAAAAUAAAAUAAAAUGAGAUCAUUUUGAAUUAAACUUAGGAGCAAACAGAAUUGUGGGGUUCACAGAUACGUUAACUGUCCAAUUAAUUAAUGUGCAGAGCUGUUGUGGGGAAUGUAAUUCUCCCAGCAUGCUCUGACAAGUGAUUUAGUAUUCCUAAAUGCUUGCUGAAAGAACAUUGAAUGUUAUCUUGUGUUUGAAUGUACAGUUUCUAAGCUGGAUACAUUUUAAUGUUUAAAAAACUUUGUGUAUAUUGAGCUUGUUGUACAAUAUUCUUUUUGUUCCUAUGUUAAUAAUGCAACAUUGGAUAGUUUGAUUCCACACUUGAUAUUUUAUGUUGAAUAAAUUAAUAGUUUUUACAGUAA